UUAAACUGCAGGUAGACUCAGUCCGGUAAACACUGACCGGCAGACUCAGUCCGGUAAACACUGACCAGGUCACUCUGACGGUGCAUCAUCACGGAAUAUCAGACGGAUUUCUGCUCGUGAUCUGAUGUGAAGAGUGUGUUCGGCCUUCUUCGGUUUAUCUCUGCACCUCGGUGAAGAUCAGUCAGAGAUGAUGGUGCUCCUGCAGGCAGCAGGAGGAGUCGGGGGGGUGAAGUUUCUGCAGAUCCUGAUGCUGGUUCUCCUCCCACUGCUGUGGUUUCAGCCAGUAGAAACCAGACUCCCUGAAGACCCCAAGACCUGGAGACAAACCGGGCCCCGGCUGCAGCUGUCACACUCAGACUUGAAGAACAGCUCUGUGUACUGGCAGGGGGGGGUCAGCGGCGGGUACGAGGCUCUGCUGCUGGACGAGGAUCAGGGCUGGCUGCUGGUGGGGGGGAAAGACCACGUCUACCUGCUGAGAGCCGACGGCCCGCAGCUGAAGACCCACACGAUCCACUGGCCGGCCGCUAGAGAACAUGAGAGGCACUGCAUCAUGGCGGGGAAAAAUCCGCAGACGGACUGUGCUAACUUCGUGCGGCUGCUGCAGCCCUUCAAUAAGACUCAUGUUUACGCCUGUGGAACCGGAGCCUUCCACCCUCAGUGCACGUUCCUGCACGUAGGACACGACCCGGAGGAGCCGUUGUUCAUGUUGUCUGAUACGAUGGAGUCUGGCAGGGGAAAAUGUCCCUUCAGUCCCAGAGAGCCGUUCACUGCUCGCCUGACAGACGGUGAGCUGUAUGCAGGAACGUCGGUGGAUUUUAUGGGAGCGAACGCGGCGUUCGUCCGCACCUCGCUGCUGGGAAGCAGUCAGCAUUACAUCCGCACCGAGGCCUUCGAUCACAACUGGCUCAACGAGCCGGAGUUCGUGGGCUCCUUCUCGAUCCCCGACACUCACAGUCCGGACGACGAUAAGGUCUACUUCUUCUUCAAGGAGCGAGCGGUGGAGGCGGGUCAGUGGGACAAGAGGACGUACAGCCGCGUGGCUCGAGUCUGCAAGAACGACGUUGGGGGGAAGAGGAGUUUGAUCAAUCGGUGGACGACCUUCCUGAAGGCCCGGCUGGUGUGUUCUGUUCCCGGACCGGCAGGAGUGGACACACACUUCGAUGAGCUCGAGGACAUCUUUGUUCUGGAGACGAAGGACCCUCAGAACCCGACCAUCUACGGAGUCUUCAGCACCUCCAGCUCUAUAUUCCGUGGCUCAGCAGUGUGUGUGUUCACCAUGGCGUCUAUCCGCGCUGCCUUUAACGGACCGUUUGCACACAAAGAAAGUCCCUCCUAUCGCUGGGUGGAGUACAAGGGACGCAUCCCCUACCCCAGACCUGGCACUUGUCCCAGCGAGACGUACGACGCCCUCCACAAAUCCACCAAAGACUUCCCCGAUGAGGUGGUGAGCUUCAUGCGGCACCACCAGCUGAUGUGGGAGCCCGUCCUGCCUCUGGGCCGCAGACCCGUCCUGACCCGGGUCAACACCACACAAAUGCUGAAGAAGGUGGUGGUGGACCGGGUGGAGGCCGAGGACGGAGCCUACGAUGUGCUGCACCUGGGCACAGACGACGGGAAGGUGGUGAAGGCGGUGUCGGUGGUUAAAGACAACCUGGACUCAGAGGAGACCAUCCUGGAGGAGCUCCUCCUGGAGGAGCUGACCGUCUUCCAGAGCCCGACUCCCAUCCUGAGCAUGGAGCUGUCCACAAAGAGGAAGCAGCUGUAUGUCUCCAGCGAGCUCGGCGUGGUGCAGCUGGGUCUGCAGAGGUGUGAGCUGUACGGAGGGGGCUGCGCUGAGUGCUGCCUGGCCAGAGACCCGUAUUGCUCCUGGGACGGGACCUCCUGCUCCAGAUACUUCCCCUCCAGCAAGAAGCGGGCGCGCAGACAGGAUGUGAAGCACGGAGACCCCUGGAGUCAGUGUCCAAUCACAGAGGACGACUCAGACUCUGUGGAGGUGCAGAUUGUGUUCGGGGUGGAGGGAAACUCCUCUUUCCUGGACUGUGUUGCCCGGUCGGCUCAGGCGGAGAUCCGGUGGACGGUGCAGCCGGCAGAGAGCCAGACGCUCCGUCAGGAGAACUCAGAGCAGCUUCUGGACGGCCAGCGCUCCCUCCACCUGCAGCGAGGGUUGCUGCUUCAGCGCCUGGAGGUGUCCGACGCCGGCCUCUACACCUGCUCCAGCCACGAGCACUCCUACAGCCAGGUCCUGGCCCGGUACCGCCUCCAGGUCCUCUCCAACAGCAACCUGCAGCCCACCCGCUACCAGCAGAACCUCAGCCCCAACCAGCCGGGCCCCGUCGGGAAGGGGUUUCAGUCAGGGCCCCCUCCAGCGGUGCCGGGCCUCAGGAACUUGUGGCUUCAGCAGCUUCCUCUGAAGAGCUACAAGGAACUGCACAGCAACAGCCUGAGCGUGGACGAGUACUGCGAGCAGCUGUGGUACCGGGAGAAGCGCCGGCAGCAGAAACUGCGAGCUCUGAAGCUGAAGCAGGAGAGCAGGAAGGCCCGGGUGAGGAGGAACAACCCCCCCGAGGGUCCUCUUUAGACCAAUAAAGGACAGAGACACUGAUCAUGGACAACAGGUCCUGGACAUGCAGAGGACAUACGGUUUAUUAGCAACGGUUUGGAUAAAGAGGUGGUGCAGGGAGGAGUUUGUAGGUCAAGCAGAAGCGUCCACAGAGAGCCAAUGGGAUUCCUCCAUGUGAUCUCGGAUUAUUGCAGAAAAUAAUAUGAUACUAACACAUGUUACGAAAAGUUACGGCACUUCCUGCCUCUGCCGGAGGGGGGGGGGGGUGGUUGUUUCCAAAGUUUGCCGAAAGGGAGCCUCGUUCAGCUGAGACUACAGGCGGAGCGGGACUGGGUCGGGUGGGGUUUGAAAUUGGGCCUCAACGUGCAAAACUAACAAGUUAGAUACGGAGUUUCUGUAGGGCUCACUCCCAAUGACAGAAAUAUGUAAACUAUGUAUAACUAAACGACAGAAGACUAAACGGAACAAGUGUUUGCGUGUUUGAGUUUAAACAUUAAAUGUAUUUUUUUACAUGUAUUUAUGUUCUGAGUCGACACAUGAAACGGACCUUGCUUGAAAAUACAUUAUAAUGUAUAGCUUAUUAAUAACUCUGCCAUGUAACUAAUACAUAUUAUUCACAUCAAUGUUUAUUAAAGAACUCUAUUUUUGGGAGUUUUCUUUUUUACUUGUAUUUUAGAAUUUAGUACAUUUUUACAUAAACGUGUUUGCUUCUCAUAAAGCUUUGAGAUUAAAUUGUGUUAUUUUUCUGUUUGUGAAUAAGUCACAAAAUGUUGUAAAAUAAAAAAAAAACUUUCAAA